CUGCGUACGGUGCUUUCUUCAGAGAUGACGUUGGAGGAGCUGCGACGAAGAUCGUGUUUUAGGGUGCUUGGAGGAUGAGGGGACGACUAGCCAAGUUGGAUGACAGCCUGCCAGGAUGCCUAGAGUCAUCAAUUAUAAUCAGCUAAUAGGCGCCUCAGCUCAUCGCUGCCGUGUCCAUCGUGUGCCCGUCUGCAUUCCCUGCCGUUCCCAACGUCCCGUUCGAUCUUCGAAAUCAGAAAACACAGCAUCAACGGGUUCGUCGCAGCAAGUUGGGUCCAUUUCGACAACAACUCGUGUGGCGAACGCAGUGCCCGCAUCUGCCACACCGCAGCUUGACAUCAGUACAGCUGGUUUCUUAGUGCGAUCAUCUAACAGUUUAUAUUCAGCGCGAAGCUCGUGGGCGUCUCAUUGCCAUCAAACAUGAUGAUGGGUCUUUUCAGCCAGGCCGGCUCCCAAUUGCGUAGGGCACGCGGUUCCUCCGUGGUCGACGACAGGGCACCUGAAGAUACUGAACCUGAUGAUACAUCAAUCCUAGACGAGAACGAGGGCUCGAUCAUCACGGCCCUGAUAUCGCAGCUGAGAGUAGGCAUGGAUCUCUCAAAGGUCACCUUCCCAACGUUUGUCCUCGAGCCACGAAGCAUGCUCGAACGUAUCACGGAUUUCAUGUCUCACCCGAAUCUCAUCUUUGGCUCAGAAAACUGCUCGGAUCCAGAGGAGAGGUUUAUCAGGAUACUCCAGUAUUACCUCGCCGGGUGGCAUAUCAAGCCAAAGGGCGUAAAGAAACCGUAUAAUCCUGUUUUAGGCGAGUUCUUCAGAUGUCGGUAUGACUACGCCAAUGGCACGCGAGGGUACUAUGUCGCUGAGCAAGUAUCGCAUCACCCGCCGAUCUCAGCAUUCUUUUACAUUUCGCCCGCGAACCGUGUAUGCAUCGUAGGUGAGCUACGACCCAAGUCCAAGUUUCUUGGCAACAGCGUGUCAACGACGAUGGAGGGUGAGAACCGCAUUACACUGCUGGGUAUACCAGAGGACGGAGGUGAGUUUCUUAUUCCCGUCUCAAGCGUAAUGUCUUCGACGCUGGAACGGGCCUGCCGAAUCUCAGAAUACGUCGUGACAAUGCCAAACAUGUAUGCUCGAGGCAUCCUGUUUGGGAAGAUGGUGCUGGAGCUGGGGGAUACAUGCGUCGUAAAGAACGAACGACAUCGAUUGACGUGCGACCUUGAGUUCAAGACGAAGGGCUUUUUUUCUGGAACCUAUAAUGCCAUUGCAGGUCGGGUGCGCAGGGGCGGUGCCGAGUUCGGCGAAGUAUUGGGACGAUGGAGCCACGUAAUGGAAUUUAAGAAUUCAAAGACCGGUUCCAAGUCCAUCCUCUUUGACGCAGCUAAGGAUGGACAGAACAUUGCGCCCAUGUAUGUGGCGCCGGAGGAGGAACAAGAACCUUAUGAAUCAAGACGACUGUGGCACAGACUCACGCUGGCGAUCGAAGCACGGGAUAUGGAGGCUGCAACGGAGGCAAAGUCCGCCGUUGAAGAUGCACAGCGCGAGCUCCGUCGGAGACGCGAAGAACGAGGAGAGAAGUUCGUCCCGAGAUUCUUUGAGCUUCGGGGUGGAAGGUGGGAGCCGAAGCUGUCGAUCCCGACCGAUGCGUCCUCACACGCAAUAGAGACCGUAGAGAAUUGGAUAUGGCCACCUGCAUGACCGCAAGUGGUUGCCCAGUGUAUACACAGAUUUGCAUGCAUGACUCGCAGCUAAUACAUCCAUCCACCGGAUUUGUACCUCGUAGCAACAACUUGAUGGGUAUAUAAAUGACAACGACCGAUGUAAGAUGAGUACGUGCUUGUGU